AUGGAGGAGGAAAGCGAGCGGUGCGACCCCGACCACAUCGCGGCUUCUGUGCCGGAGGCUGAAGACGGGGCUGAACUGGAGAGGAAGGCCGCUGGGGGCGGGGGUGACCCCGCGGAGAGCCCCGCAGCCGGCCCCGACGUGUACAGAUACAUCAAGGGAGACUUGUUUACCUCCGAGAUCUAUAAAGUAGAAAUACAAAACCUUCCUAAAUACAUCGGGUUUAAUGAUGUGAAAAAGUUCCUUGCCAAAUACGGACUCAAUCCUCACAAGAUAAAACUUUUUGGGAAGCAGACGUUCGCGUUCGUGACGUUUAAGAGUGAGGAGGAGAGGGACAAGGCCAUGAAAGUCCUCCAUGGGGUUUUGUGGAAGAGCCGGCACCUGAGCGUUAGGCUUGCCAAGCCGAAAGCUGACCCGAUUGCAAAAAAAAGGAAGAAGGAAGAGGAGACGGAGCAGGGAGAGGUGAAGCGGCCGGCUCCCUCCAAAGCCAGCGGAGAGGAGCCCCUGAGCAAGCAAAUAGCGGAUGUCGUGACGCCGCUGUGGAACAUGCCCUACGAAGAGCAGCUGGCCAAAAAGAAGCAGGAAUGUGAACAAGUGCUGCAGAAGCUGACAAAGGAAAUAGGAAAUAACAACAGAGCUUUAUUACCUUGGUUGUUCCUGCAGAAACAGAAGUACAACAAAUUGUGUUGCCCAGUAGAGGGAGUGAAAGCAUCACCAUUACAGACUGAAUAUCGCAACAAAUGUGAGUUCUUGAUUGGGAUUGGUAUAAAUCAAGAAGACAAAACUGUGGGUUGUCGUCUUGGCAAAUAUAAGGGUGGUACAUGUGCUGUAGUGGAGCCAUUUGAUACUAUUCACAUUCCUGCUAUUGCCAAAAAAGUAGUAAAAGCUUUCCAAGACUACAUAAGGUCAACUCCUUACUCAGUUUACAGCCCAGAAACCUAUGAAGGUCACUGGAAACAGCUCACAGUCCGUACCAGCAGGAAUGGCCACAUUAUGGCAAUUGUUUAUUUUAAUCCUCAGAAAUUAAGUAAAGAAGAGCUAACUGACCUGAAAAUAUCUCUGGCAAAAUACUUCACAGAAGGGAUGGGAAAGACCAGUGGCAUUACUUCUCUGUACUUUGUGGAGGAAGGACAAAGGAAGUCUCCCAAUCUAGAAGACUUGCCUUUGGAGCAUGUGGCUGGUGAUAAGUACAUAUACGAAGAACUUCUUGGCCUAAAAUUUAGAAUUUCUCCUCAUGCAUUUUUUCAAGUAAACACACAAGCUGCAGAAGUUUUGUAUACCACCAUUAGGGAGUGGGCGCAACUGAGCCAAGAGAGCACUGUACUUGACAUUUGCUGUGGUACAGGAACUAUUGGGAUUUCUCUGGCAAAGAAAGUAAAGAAAGUGAUUGGAAUUGAACUCUGCCAAGAAGCUGUGCAGGAUGCCAAAGCGAAUGCCCAGAUUAAUGAAUUGAAUAAUAUUGAAUUUCAUUGUGGGAAGGCUGAAGAUGUUGUUCCUUCACUAAUUAACAUAUUAGCUCCUCAGAACCCGAUUACUAUUGUAGAUCCGCCACGAGCAGGGCUGCAUUCCAAGGUAAUUCUUGCCAUUAGAAGAGCUGAACAUCUGAAGAAGCUUAUCUAUGUAUCCUGCAAUCCCAGAGCUGCAAUGAAUAACUUUGUGGAUCUUUGCCGGGCCCCUUCCAACAGGGUCAAAGGAGCCUCUUUCCGUCCCGUUAAAGCAAUGGCUGUGGAUCUCUUCCCUCAGACCAGGCACUGUGAGUUACUGAUACUCUUUGAAAGGGUUGAAUAUGCAAAUGGGAGCUCUGCUGAAGCAACGCCUGAUGCUACUCACGUCACAACAGCAGGAUAUGACUCGGAGCGCUUGGAUGGCACCAACCCAUCUAACACUGAUGCGAGCCAGGCAACUUCUGCAUAUGUAGAUACUGCACUCGAAGAGAGGGAGUCAACUUAACUCCUGAGAGACACCUUCCAGAAACUACUUUUGCUUGUUAACUACUUCAAUAGCAUUGCUUCUGUAACAUCCAGGUAAUA